UCCGUCCCCAGUCAGAAGAAUCUUAAGAAAACUGAACUGCAGCAAGAACGCGGAACAGCAGUAGCAGUCAGAAGGUGGAGAUGGAGGACCCGGGGCUGUACGCGAGACACGGCGCCAAGGUGUUCGAGACGGCGGGCGCCUUCCUGGACGAGCUGUGGCCGCGGCUCACGUGGCCGGACCCGCCGCUGCCAGCCCUCGACAUCGGUUGCGGCACCGGCGAGGUCAGCCGGCAGGUGAUAGCGGGACGGCUUCCCAGAGGCGUGAGGCUCAUCGCGACGGACGUGAGCCCGGCCAUGCUGAAGCACGCCGAGAAGCACAACGCACUUCCAGGCGUCAUACAGUAUGACGUGUACGACGCGGCAUCUCGCAACCUGGAGCAGACUCGGGCGUGGGAGCAUGCACCUUACGGGAAAAUAUUCACUGUGUACUCAAUGCACUGGAUACCAGACAACAGGCAAGCGAUACUGAACAUGUACAAGCUACUGGCGUCUGGAGGAGAAGCUGUAUUCGUCAUGAUGGCAACAAGUCCUUUCCUCGCACACGAUAUCGUGGGAAAAGAUCCCAGGUGGAGCAAAUACAUGCAGGAUGUUGAGCUGUUCCUGUCGCCGUACCACUAUUCCAAGGACCCAACAGCAGACUUCCUGCAGCUGUUGCGGGACGCAGGUUUCGAAGUCGUUUACCGGAUUUCAGAACCCAGAAGCAUUGAUUACGACACUAAAAAAGACUGUAAAGGUAAGAGUUUAAUGUAUCUUGACCUCUGUCAACCCAUUCUUGAGUCGCAUACCCGCGCACGAGAAGGAAGACUUCAUGAACGCAGUAUGGGAAGCCAACCUAAAGCAAAAGUCAAUUACCAUACGUCGUGACGAAGAUACUGGGAAAAUGAAGUUUUCUUACAACUUCCCUUGUAUCCUCUGCGUCGCGAGGAAGCCGUAGACGCAUCUUAAAUUAGCAGUUGAUGUUGCAGCAUACGAAAGUUAUUGGAGUCAAAGUAAUAUCAAGCACAAAUCUGUAUUGUGAAAUAAAUUGAUCAUAACCUA